AUGAGAUCUAUGACUUGUCAGUCCAAGGACGCAUUUCUGGGAGUUCGGAACACCUUCUUUGACUUGAGUGAUUCGCCCUCGCUGCAGCAGUGGUACAAGGACACCAGAGGCAUACGCUCAUGCCCGGCUAGCGAGCAUGGUGAUGAUGACCGGGCUGUAUGCGGCGAUGCUGAUGUUGACGAAGACGAUGCCAUGCAGACGCCAGAGCCAUCUCCACGCUUUUUCCAUGAGGAAGAGAACACUCAGCCCUCACCUGCGGCAUGCAAUGCGGCAGAGCCAGCAAAGGCCAGGACUCCAUUGAAGAGUGGUGCAAACCCAUACCGGCCAACUCCUGCAGCAGCACCGACCUGCAGCACAACCUACUAUGCCGUGCCCCCGCCAGUGGGCACCACAGGUCAAGCUCUUGCGGCAGAGUACCACCGCAGAGUGCAAGCAUCGCGGCUGCAAUUGGCACAGGCUCAGGCCCGGCAAAACAUCCCGCCGACCUAUGCGCCUGAUCACCUCAAGGCAAAGCAGCUUGCCGUUACGACGCCUCUUCAGGUGAGCUCACCGGUCCUGGGUUCAGAAGUACUUCCAAGUAUUGGGUCUGGUGCUCAUGCCACUGGUGAAUGUCGACCUUGCGCCUUCUUCCACAAAAACCGCUGUGUGACAGGCCGAACCUGCCUGUUCUGCCACCUCUGUGAUGCCGGUGAGAAGAAGCGCCGACUUCGGCUGCAGAAGACCAAGCAUGUGCAAAGGCCGUGA